AUUGUUUAUUCCUUUCGAAAUAAGUUUAUAAUAUUCGAUGUAUAUGCUAUUUUUACUUAAACUUAAAAAUUUUACCCGCGUGAACUGCGCGCGUCGAUAGAUAAACCCGCGAACGCGCAGAAACCAUUAACCCUGAGUUCGAUCAGUAGUUCUAAUGUUGAACUACCCUGAUCGACGAAAACAAUAAUUCGUAGACGAGCAAUCACUAAAUUUAGAAAUUAUAGUACCGCACGAAGCAGGACAAAGGACGUUGUUCUGCGUUCGUUGUCGGCUCUCACAGUGACGUCUACGUUGGUUAAAUCGGUGAUAAUUCCGGUCCAAUGGUCCAGAUCGUGCAAAAUAGAACCGACCGACCAUCAGCUAUUGUGUGCAUUGCGUAUCGUCAAUUAAGUACAAUGACCGGCAUUAAAGAUCCGACUGAACAACCGAAGUUGGAGAAAAUGAAACAAGGAAAUGAUCAAAUGAAUGCUAUUGUUAAAAAACGUUUUACGGAUUUAACAAAUACUUACAUGCAAGAUUUAUUCAAGUUUUCUGAAGACAUGGCAGAAUCCUUCAGGUCAAUAUUAGAUAACAUAAAAGUUCGUAUCGAACAAUUUCACGAACAGAAUCGAUCUAUAUUUGAUUUAUUUUCACUUUCGCCACUGCAAAAAUGGUCUCAACGUGAACACUAAAAGAUCGAAGAUGUGGAAGUAUCAAUGUUUUUUGAUAGAUACACGUUUUUGAAAGAUAUACUUGUACCUAAAUUGACCAAAAUAUUUAAGUCUGCGCAUUCUUGAUGAAAUAAAAGCGUUAUGAAUGUUUAAAACCUAAAAUUACUUUAAUAAAGGAAAGUCUAGAGAAAAACCAAUUAUUAUUUACUUAUUAGGAUACCUUAAUUAUGAAAUACUGAUAUUAUUUUAUUAUAUAAUGACAGUAAUUAAAACGUAAUUGAUGUUUAAGUUUUCAAAUUUAACGGUCAAAAAGUUGCACAGAUAUAUGUUUCGAUAGAUCGACAUAGCGUACGUUGUACGCCAUCUUAGUGGAGUACUAUUACCGCCAAUCUACUACGUUUCAAUGAAUUUUGUUACUUACUAUAUAACUAAAAUUUAAUGUUAUUUUCGGAUUGAUGUCUCUGAGUAUUUGAUUAGUUUAUUAUUUAAACAAUCGGUUUUUGUUCUUUGGGUUCUAUGCGGCAGCAUGUCAAGCCAGUACUGUUUUCUCUGUGCGAGUGAUGAAGGUGUUUUCUUGGAUGUUACAGCGGACAAUAAACAAAUGUAUUAUGAUCAACUCGAAAUCUGCUCACUUAUCAAGGUACUAAAAGCAGAUCAAUUGCCAACCAAAAUUUGUCACAAAUGUGCAUAUGAAUUAAAUCAAUGCAGCUCUUUUAUAGAAAGAUAUAAACGUGCUACAAAGCAAAAAAUAAAUGUUCGCAGACAGUGUUGUAGUCUAUGUCGUGAACCAGCAAAAAACGAAUUUAUCUUUGAUAUUAGUAAAGAGAAGAACUUGCAGUAUAAUCCAUUUCAUAAAAUACAAGAACUCCUUAAUACAAAGAACAGUGAAAAUGUUUAUGGAGAGUAUAAAUUCAUAUGUUUAUCUUGCCGAUAUGUGAUAGAUGUAUUGAUAGAUUUAAAAAACAUAUGUGAAGAAACUACAAUUAAAUUGGAAGAUACAGCUGAUAAAAAAAUAAAUUACUUAGCUUUCCCUAAGAUAAAAACAACCAUUGUAAAUCGCAAAACUACCAGCACUGAACCUAAUAGAAUAAAUUUAAACGCAUUUCUGGAAUCAGAGAGUGAUUCUGACGAUAUGACUCGCACACGAUCUCGAAAUAAUAAAUUAAACGAACAAACAAAGUCGCAAGUUUGUAGUAAAUGUCAUAAUUCUAUUAAAACUGAUAAUGAUAUAUUCAAGAUUCAUAAAACAGGAGAAAUUGUAUGUAAAUGUUGUUGGAAAAAUAUGGAUAUUUGUAAAAGUAAACCUGAGAAAGAGGUAUCAAACGACAAACAAAUCAAACUUUGUACAGUUUUUUUAAAAGAUGUAUUAAAAGAUUCUAAAAUAAAGAAGGAGAAGCUCUAUAGGAUUGAUGAGGAUGAUGAAGGCAAUAAGACAUAUGUUGUAAUGAACACAAAUUUGACAAACGAAAAUAAAUCCAGUAAACCAGUUAGUGAUACAAGAAAUGAUACAGAAAAGCAAAGUCAAAAGCGUUCUAGUAAAAGUCUAAGGACUACAGAUAAGGAUUCAAGUAGUGAAGAUGUACCUAAUAAAAAACACAAGCUUGAUGCGAAAGAAAUAAUUGAAACUGACUCAAAGCAGUCCAGUUUGGUUGCACAACAGGCAAAGCAAGUUACUCAGAAGGAUAGUAAGCAUAAUAUUAGUCAAAGUUCUGAUUCAGAUUCUUCUAUUCCAAAAAUUGCAAAAAAUAGCGGCCACCGUUUAACAAGACAUAAACGAGCAACUGGCUCAUCCUUAUCGGAUGCAGAUAUUGACAAUAAGUAUAAUCGUAAAAGAUUAAAGACUAUUUUAAGUGGCAUUCCUAUAAAAAGAAAUCGCAAUGUAGACGUGAGUGACGAAUCGUCGUCAAAUGAGGAUGUUGUAUCAAAGAGAAAGCGAUUGAGCUUUACAAGUACUUCAUCUGUUACUAUAGAAAUAUGUGAUGACGAUAACGAUCAAGAAAACUUUGAAAAGAAUGUACGAAAAACGAAUAGAAAGAAUACUAAAAAACUCGCGAAACUUCCUGCAAUUACAAAUUCCCAAGAAUUGCAGUCCUCAAAAUCUGAUGAUAAAGAUGAUAUAUUUAAGACUCAAACAUAUGUAUGCGAUGAAUGUGGAGCUAGCUAUGAAAAUAAAUUUAUAGGUUUGACACAUAAAUUGACACAUUAUAAACAACCACAAUUAAAAUUACAGAAAUUAAGUAAUGAAACUUGGAUGAAAGGAACAUCAGGUCCAAGUGAAGCAGUAGAUGAUCAGGUAGAAGAUUUGUCUGAGACUAUAAAAAUUACGGUAGAAGAUGAUGAAGAAGAAUUGAUGGAAAGUGAAAAGAAUUUUAACACAAGUAAUCGUGCAGAUAUAAAUUCUAAUACAGGAAGUAAUAUUAAUUCGCCUAAAAAGGAAGCAGUAGAAGAUGCUGUUGAUGUAAAACUUGUCAUGAAAGAAUCUGAUGAUGAUCAGACACAUAAGACUGAGAAAGAAACAGAAGAUCUACAAGAGGAUGAAGUUGCAGAAAUAAAUAUCAUAAGUUCGUCGCAAAAUGAAACUAAAACUAAAGAAGACACGGGUAAAGAAAGUGAAAAAGAAAAUGAGGGUAAUUAUAAUAAUAAUGAUGAAACUGAUAAAAAUAUUCAUGGAUCUAUAAAAUGUGUGAAUUCAGAAGAAAUUUCACAUAGUAAUUCUGAAGACAAACAAGAAAAUAAUAAAGAAAAAUAUAAUCGGAUGGAGGAAGAUAAACAAGAAAACGAAAAAGAUAAACGAAAAAACGAAGAAGGUAAACAAGAAAACGAGGAAAAUAAACGAGAAAACGAAAAAGGCAAACAAGAAAACGAAGAAGAUAAAAGUAAGGUAGAGGAAAAACAAAUUGAAAUAGUUGAAGAAGUUGAAAAAGUUAAAGUAGUUGAAGAAGUUAAAGUAGUUAAAGAAAGAGGAGGAGAAGAAGAUGCAAAUAGAGAUUUAGAUAUUAAAGAUAAUGAGAAAGGAAAACAGGAAAAGGAACAAAAGGAGGCGAUGUGCAACGGGCAAGCGGUUCAAACGAUUAAUAAAGAAAGUUUAAAGAAAUUCAGUGAAGAUUGUGUUGAGGAUACUAUGGAAGAAAAUGAUAUUGAUGUUUCAAAGAAAAUUGAACAAAGUGAUAUUAAACAUAAAGAAACGAACAACGGAACGGACGUAGCCGAUGAUGAAGGUGAUUUAACAAUACCUGCCGAACAAAGAUCGCCUAAAUCGAUACAAAAAAGAAUAUCCUGUAAUGAAAAUACAAUGCAAAUAAAAGUAGAUGACUCUGAUUCAAAAAGAUCAGAAGUUUUGGAGAGGACUGUAUUACUCGAAGAAGAUACGACUGAUAAGGAGAAUUUCAAUAGAAAUGAUAUGGAAAUCGUGGAUGUAGAUUUUCCACAACGAAAAGAUUCAAUGAGCGAUUCUGCAAAUGCAGCAGCAGAAGUGUUACGAGAAGUACUUGAUUUAGCAAGUGCGAAAGUUGUAAAACGACAAGAAGUUAUUGAUAUAAAUAUCGACACUGAUUCCAUCGAAACGGAGACUUUAGAAAACAUAUCACGUGAAAUACAAAAUAUUGUCGAUAUGCCAUCUCUCAAAAUUGACGACUCCAAAACUGAAAAUGAAACACAUGUGGAGUAGUGUAUAAAUAUACAUAUAUAUUUAUGAGAUUACCUUUUUAUAAAACUUAAAUAUAGUUUUUACACAGUCAAAAGGUCAAAUUUUCUCCGCUUCUGUUGCUUAGAAGAUGUACCAUAUUAUUAAUUCUCAUUUACAUAAAAGGUAUAAAAUGGAACAAUUAUUUCAUUGGUACUUCAAAUUAAAAGAUGAAGUGUAUUUGGUAUUUUACUUUUCAAAGAUUAGUAGCCUUUUGUAUACGAGUUCAUUUUAACAUAGAAGCACUUGAAAAUAUUUUAUUAUAUCACAUACACAAAUGCCUAUAAUUUGUGUCAUAUAAUUCGUUGUGGAAGCGUUAUCCGUUGUCAUAGACUAAUAGACACUCAUGAUAUUUAAUGCUUUUUUGUAUUUUUGUUUGUGCAACAAAAAAGAUUAUAUUAUAUUAUAUUAUAUGAUAUAUAUAUAUAUAAUAUAUAUAUAUACUCUUAAAAAUCUUAUUUCUAAUUAUUACUAUAUGUAGUAAUUAGCUGUUUUAUUUACAGGAAUCUCCAUGCUUUUUACAUUCUGUUUUUUUCUUCUUUUUUCUUUUUCUUCUUCUUUUUUUUUUUUUUUUUUUUUUUUGAGUAAGAUAAGCAAGAAACGUGUUGUAUGCAGGUUCUAAAUAAUUUACCGUUGCACAUUAAUUGGAGAUAUUUGGGCCAAGUUGUGCAGAAUGCUACCAAUCCUCGAUGGCAUAAAAUUGAGAAAAAUAUAGUUUGAAAAGUCUAAUUUAAAAAAGCGGAAAUUGUUUUAUUUCUUUUGGAUAUAUUUUAUUUUUUGUUCUUUUAUAAUGUUUUUCAAUGUCUUAUUUAAUAGUGAAUAGUAUAAUUAAUAUGUGGUUUGGAAAUUUUCUGUAAAAUAAUUAUAAGCUUAAAAUAGAACUAUGGCUUGGUAAUUUUAAUAAUUAUAUAAUGUAUUAGUCAUUCUAUGGAUUGGCAAUUUUUUGUAAAAUAAAGGUUAUAAUAUUAUGGGAUCUGUAAUGUGUUUAACUAUUUUUUUAUUAUUUUGAGGGUUGGUAGAUUGCUGUAUAAUCUGGCCAAUUUCAACGUUAAUUUCUAAUUACUUAAUUCUAUUAAACCUUUUUUAACUUUUCCUAAUUUUUCUAUGGCAACAAGUAAGAAUUGAACAGUCGUUUGUGUGCAAUGUAACCACAAGACUUGUUAUUACUACUUUAUUAGUACAAUGACCUCUUAGCCCAUAAUAUUUUUAAUUUGAUAUUUCUUAUUUGUCCUAUUUAAUUGUUUAAAUUACUUUAGAAGUCUACAGCUUUUUAACUCUUGCUAUUAUAAAUUGAUCACGUACUGACACAUUCGUCAAACGAAUUAACUUUACUAAAAAUCUCGCGUUACAAGAUCGCCGUACGUUGUCGGUGUUUUCGUCUUAAAUUUGUCAUCUUAUCUUUAUAUUUUUUACGUAAUUAUUUCAUUAAUUUUUUUGAGAAUAUUAUUUAAGAAUGAGUCUAACUAUAAGCAAGUCGCUUGUUUAUGAUUUCUGCGGCAUUGUAACGAGGAAGAGGAAGUUCUUAUAUUUAAAUAUAAAGUGAGAUAAGUAUAAGGCGAAAUAAAAAAAAAAUGGAAUACUUGUAGUAAUAAAUUUGAUUAAUCAUAAAACUAUUACAUAUGGAGUUUUAGAGUCGUGAUGUUGCUUGAUCGUUGUGAAGUGUAGAAGACAACGACGAUGAAAGCGUGUCCGAAUUUUCAUGCUGGAUUUCUAAGUCUGACUUUGUAUCUGAAACAUUCGUGAAAAAAUUACAUUAUGAUACUAUAAUUAUGAACGGGUUUACAUACAUGCAUAAUAUAUUCGAUAUUCAGUCAAGUGUGAGAUACCAAAACAACAAAAUCGAGAUAUAAUUUGACUUUUAUUGAAUAAUAAAGACUAUCCACAAGAUAAUGAAUUUCAUUAUCGUGGAGGUUUUAGUAUUUUAAGUAAACGUCCGCCAAAUGUAUAAAAUUUAAAAAAGGAAGUGAUGGCCAUCGUAACACGAUAGCCAGUGGAUUAGUGUAACGAAAAACAUAUAGUGUAUUCAAUGAGAUAUCUAAUGGACAUCAUUAAAACAUGUCUAUAAUAUAAGUGUGCAAUUAUCAAAACUGAGAAUCUUUUGAAAGUUUUGCAAAUAUCGUAACUGAUUUUAACAAAGAUUGAAACACACACUGAUAGUGUUAGUAUGAAAAGCGCCUUUUUUCGUCUCAAUUUUGAUCAUUGUUUAAGAAAUCUUUGAUUAAUCAUAAGUAUACAAAUCUAAAAAUAAAAAGAGUUAUAUACAUUA